GGCGGCGGCGGCAGCAGCGGUCAUGUCGCAGGCGCUGGUCCCCCCGGAGACUCGGAAGUUCACCCGGGCGCUCAGCAAGCCGGGCACGGCGGCAGAGCUGCGGCAGAGUGUCUCCGAGGCGGUGCGGGGCUCCGUGUUCGUGGCAAAACCAAAGCUAAUUGAGCCAAUAGACUACGAAAACGUCAUUGUUCAGAAGAAAACACAAAUUUUAAAUGAUGCGUUACGUGAGAUGCUACUUUUCCCUUAUGAUGACUUUCAGACAGCAUUAUUGAAACGUCAGGGUCGAUAUAUAUGCUCUACUGUUCCUGAAAAUGCAGAAAAGGAAGCUCAAAGCUUGUUUGUAACUGAGUGCAUCAAAACCUACAACUCAGACUGGCAUGUUGUCAAUUAUAAAUAUGAAGACUACUCAGGAGAGUUUCGACAGCUUCCAAACAAAGGGACCAAAUCAGAGAAACUUCCAGUUCAUGUAUAUGAAGUUGAUGAAGAAGCAGAUAAAGAUGAGGAUGCAGCAUCUCUAGGAUCUCAGAAGGGUGGGAUAACUAAACAAGGAUGGCUGUACAAAGGCAAUAUGAAUAGUGCAAUCAGUGUAACUAUGAGGUCAUUUAAGAGAAGAUUUUUCCACUUAAUCCAACUUGGUGAUGGAUCAUAUAAUCUCAACUUCUACAAAGAUGAGAAAAUAUCUAAAGAGCCGAAAGGAUCGAUAUUUUUGGAUUCUUGUAUGGGGGUGGUUCAGAACAACAAAGUGAAACGUUUUGCUUUUGAACUCAAGAUGCAAGACAAGAGUAGUUAUCUUCUAGCUGCAGACUGUGAACUGGAAAUGGAGGAAUGGAUAACUACUUUAAACAAAAUUCUCCAACUAAACUUCGAAGCUGCAAUGCAAGAAAAAAGAAAUGGAGAAUCUCAUGAAGAUGAUGAACAAAGCAAAAUGGAAAGCUCAUUAUCCAGUUUAGAUAGCUACUUUCCUGAAAUUUCCAAGAGUUCCAGAGAUGCAGAAAUGAAAUUCAAAAGUGAAAGCAGAGUUAAACUUUUUGUCUUGGAUCCAGAUGCACAGAAACUUGACUUUUCGGGUAUUGAACCAGAAGUGAAGCCAUUUGAAGAGAAAUUUGGGAAAAAGAUUCUAGUGAAGUGUAAUGACUUAUCUUUCAAUCUGCAAAGCUGUGUUGCUGAAAAUGAAGAAGGACCAACAACAAAUGUAGAACCUUUUUUUGUCACAUUGUCAUUGUUUGAUAUUAAAAACAAUCGGAAGAUUUCAGCAGAUUUCCAUGUCGACUUGAACCACGUCUCGGUGAGGCACAUGAUAUCUAAUGCGACACAGCAACUGAUGAAUGCCAGUGGUGAUAACUUACACAGGGCUCAAGAUAUUAUCCAUGAGUCUAUCUUGCAAUAUCCUAAACAGGUAAUAUUCUCAGUUACAUGUCCACAUCCUGAUAUAUUUCUUGUGGCAAGAAUUGAAAAAGUACUACAGGGAAGUGUUACACAUUGUGCUGAGCCAUAUAUGAAAAGUUCAGAUUCUUCUAAGGUUGCACAGAAAGUGUUGAAGAAUGCUAAGCAGGCAUGUCAGAGACUAGGACAAUAUAGAAUGCCAUUUGCUUGGGCAGCUAGGACAUUGUUUAAAGAUGCAUCAGGAACCCUGGACAAAAAUGCAAGAUUUUCUGCUCUCUACAGACAAGACAGUAAUAAACUCUCAAAUGAAGACAUGCUUAAGUUGCUAGCAGAUUUCAGGAAACCUGAAAAGAUGGCCAAGCUGCCAGUUAUUUUAGGAAAUCUAGACAUAACAAUUGAUAAUGUCUCUCCAGAUUUUUCUAAUUAUGUUAACUCAUCAUACAUUCCCAUGAAACAGUUUGAAAACAGUCCCAAGACAAUAGUAACUUUCGAAGUGGAGGAAUUUGUUCCCUGUAUUCCAAAACAUUCUCAGCCUUUCACCAUCUACAACAAUCACCUUUAUGUUUAUCCAAAGCACUUGAAAUAUGACAGUCAAAAGUCAUUUGCAAAGGCUAGAAAUAUUGCAGUAUGCAUUGAGUUCAAAGAUUCGGAUGAAGAAGAUUCUCUGCCUUUAAAGUGUAUCUAUGGUAGACCAGGUGGACCAGUGUUUACAAGAAAUGUGUUGGCCAAUGUUUUACAUCACCACCAAAAUCCAGAGUUUUAUGAUGAGAUUAAAAUAGAAUUGCCCACACAGCUACAUGGAAAACAUCAUUUGUUUUUCACAUUCUACCAUGUCAGCUGUGAUAAUUCAAGCAAAGGCAGUACCAAGAAGAAAGAUGUCAUUGAAACACAAGUUGGCUAUUCUUGGCUUCCAUUAUUAAAAGAUGGGAGAGUAGUGACAAAUGAGCAGCACAUUCCUGUAUCAGCUAAUCUUCCAUCAGGCUAUCUUAGCUAUCAGGAACUUGGGAUUGGCAAGCAUUCUGGUCCUGAAAUUAAAUGGGUAGAUGGAGGCAAACCAUUGUUAACAAUUUCUACGCAUCUAGUUUCUACUGUCUACACACAGGACCAGCACUUACACAACUUUUUUGAGUACUGUCAGAAAACGGAGUCUGGAGCCCAGGCCUUAGGAACUGAUCUCGUAAAGUAUCUUAAGAGUCUUCAUGCUAUGGAAGGCCAUGUGAUGAUAGCUUUCCUGCCUACAAUUCUAAACCAAUUGUUUCGAGUUCUCACUAGAACUACUCAAGAGGAAGUUACAGUCAAUGUGACAAGGGUUAUUAUACAUAUUGUUGCACAGUGCCACGAAGAAGGAUUGGAUAGCUAUUUGAGGUCAUAUGUCAAGUAUGCUUAUAAAGCUGAGCCUUAUAUUGCUUCUGAAUAUAAGACUGUACAUGAAGAACUGACAAAAUCCAUGACAACAAUUCUUAAACCAUCUGCUGACUUUCUUACAAGCAACAAGCUACUUAAGUAUUCGUGGUUUUUCUUUGAAGUUCUGAUAAAAUCAAUGGCUCAGCAUUUGAUAGAAAACGCUAAAAUAAAGUUGUUACGAAACCAGAGAUUUCCUGCUUCUUUUCACCAUGCGGUAGAAACAUUUGUUAAUAUGCUAAUGCCACACAUCACUCAGAAGUACAGAGACAAUCCAGAGGCUUCAAAAAAUGCAAAUCAUAGUCUUGCUGUCUUUAUAAAGAGAUGUUUCACCUUUAUGGAUAGGGGUUUCGUGUUCAAGCAAAUCAAUAACUACAUCAGCUGCUUUGCUCCAGGGGAUCCAAAGACCCUUUUUGAAUUCAAAUUUGAAUUUCUUCGAGUGGUGUGUAACCAUGAACACUACAUCCCUUUGAAUCUACCUAUGCCAUUUGGAAAAGGCAGAAUUCAGAGAUAUCAAGACCUCCAGCUCGACUAUUCAUUAACAGAUGAGUUUUGCAAGAAUCACUUCUUAGUGGGACUGCUCCUACGGGAGGUGGGAAAUGCAUUACAAGAAUUCAGAGACAUCCGGCAGAUUGCAAUUAGUGUGCUCAAGAAUUUGAUGAUAAAGCAUUCUUUUGAUGACAGAUAUUCUUCCAGGAGCCAUCAAGCAAGAAUAGCCACUUUGUAUCUGCCAGUGUUCGGACUGCUGCUAGAAAAUGUCCAACGAAUCAACGUCAAGGACGUGUCACCUUUUCCUGUUAAUCCUUCCAGCAGCAGUGCAAAAGAUGAACCACUUAGUAUGCCAUCUGCAAAUCCUUUAGUAACACCACAAAAAUCAGGAAACACUUUGGAUAACAGUCUCCACAAAGAUCUGUUUGGUGUUAUCUCUGGCAUUGCUUCCCCAUAUACCUCAUCAACUCCAAAUGUUAAUUGUGUAAGACAUGCUGACUCAAGAGGCUCCCUUAUAAGUACAGAUUCAGGAAACAGCUUCCCAGAAAGACAUAGUGACAAGAACAAUUCUCUUGACAAGAACCAGCACUGUGGCACUUUAGGAAGUUCUGUAGUUCGAAGUGGCAAAUUCGACCAAACAGAAAUCAAAAGUCUGCUCAUGUGUUUCCUUCAUAUUUUAAAAAGCAUGUCUGAUGAUGCUUUGUUUACAUAUUGGAACAAGGCUUCAACAUCUGAACUUAUGGAUUUUUUCACAAUCACAGAAGUGUGCUUGCAUCAGUUCCAGUACAUGGGAAAACGAUACAUAGCCAGUUUUAACAAAGUGUAUGGCUCUUCUCCCUUCCUGCCUGGGAACCAGGAGGGGUUGGGACCCAUAGUUCAUGAUCGAAAAUCUCAGACAUUGCCUGUUUCCCGUAACAGAACAGGAAUGAUGCAUGCCAGAUUGCAGCAACUGAGCAGCCUGGAUAACUCUCUCACUUUUAACCACAGCUAUGGCCAUUCAGAUGCAGAUGUUCUUCACCAGUCCUUACUUGAAGCAAACAUUGCCACUGAAGUUUGCCUUACCACUCUGGAUACUUUAUCUUUAUUCACAAUGGCAUUUAAGAACCAACUACUGACAGAUCAUGGACAUAAUCCACUGAUGAAAAAAGUUUUUGAUGUGUACCUCUGCUUCCUUCAAAAAAAUCAGUCUGAAACAGCAUUGAAAACUGUCUUCAUUGCUUUAAGGGCACUAAUUUUUAAGUUUCCUUCUGCAUUUUAUGAAGGAAGAGCUGACGUGUGUGCUGCAUUGUGUUAUGAAAUUUUGAAAUGCUGUAAUUCCAAACUGAGCUCAAUACGUACUGAAGCGUCACAACUGCUGUAUUUCUUAAUGAGAAAUAACUUUGAUUACACAGGGAAGAAGUCUUUUGUAAGGACACAUCUGCAAGUUAUUAUUUCAGUGAGUCAGUUGAUCGCUGAUGUCGUUGGAAUUGGAGGAACUAGAUUUCAGCAAUCUCUUUCCAUCAUUAACAACUGUGCCAACAGUGACAGACUUAUUAAGCAUACUACAUUCUCUUCUGACGUAAAGGAUUUGACAAAGCGGAUUCGGACAGUCUUAAUGGCUACAGCUCAAAUGAAGGAGCACGAGAAUGAUCCAGAAAUGCUUGUGGAUCUCCAGUACAGUUUGGCAAAGUCUUAUGCCAGCACGCCUGAACUCAGGAAGACGUGGCUAGACAGCAUGGCAAGAAUUCAUGUUAAAAAUGGGGAUCUUUCAGAGGCAGCAAUGUGCUAUGUCCAUGUAGCAGCACUGGUGGCAGAAUAUCUGACACGCAAAGGAAUGUUUAAGCAAGGCUGUACUACUUUCAGAAUAAUCACGCCAAAUAUAGAUGAAGAGGCUUCAAUGAUGGAGGAUGUUGGGAUGCAAGAUGUUCACUUCAAUGAAGAUGUGCUAAUGGAAUUGUUAGAGCAAUGUGCAGAUGGACUCUGGAAGGCUGAACGAUAUGAACUGAUUGCUGACAUCUACAAACUUAUCAUUCCCAUUUAUGAAAAACGGAGGGAUUUUGAGAGACUAGCUCAUCUAUAUGACACACUUCAUCGGGCAUACAGCAAAGUAACAGAAGUUAUGCAUACAGGCAGGAGACUACUUGGCACUUAUUUCAGAGUAGCAUUCUUUGGACAGGGAUUCUUUGAGGAUGAAGAUGGAAAGGAGUAUAUAUAUAAAGAGCCUAAACUCACAUCUCUUUCCGAGAUAUCCCAGAGACUACAUAAGCUCUACUCUGACAAAUUUGGAUCAGAAAACGUCAGAAUGAUCCAGGAUUCUGGCAAAGUGAAUCCCAAGGAUUUGGACUCAAAAUAUGCAUAUAUACAAGUUACACAUGUAGUCCCAUAUUUUGAAGAAAAGGAAUUGCAAGAGAGAAAAACAGAGUUUGAAAGAACUCACAAUAUUCGUCGUUUUAUGUUUGAAAUGCCCUUUACUCAAUCUGGUAAAAGACGAGGCGGAGUGGAAGAACAGUGUAAACGACGAACUAUUUUGACAGCUAUACAUUGUUUUCCCUAUGUGAAAAAGCGCAUUCCUGUAAUGUAUCAGCACCAUACAGAUCUAAACCCAGUUGAAGUAGCCAUUGAUGAAAUGAGUAAGAAGGUUGCAGAGCUCAGGCAGCUUUGUUCUUCAACUGAAGUAGAUAUGAUCAAACUGCAGCUAAAGCUACAGGGAAGUGUCAGUGUUCAGGUUAAUGCUGGUCCAUUAGCAUAUGCAAGAGCUUUCUUAGAUGACACAAAUACCAAAAAGUAUCCAGACAAUAAAGUGAAAUUACUGAAGGAAGUUUUCAGACAAUUUGUUGAGGCUUGUGGUCUUGCUUUGGGUAUAAAUGAACGACUUAUAAAGGAAGAUCAAUUAGAAUAUCAAGAAGAAAUGAAGGCUAACUACAGAGAAAUGGCAAAAGAACUUUCUGAAAUAAUGCAUGAACAAAUUGUUCCUGUUGAAGAAAAAACCAGUGUUAUGUCUAAUUCACUACACAUUUUCAACGCCAUAAGUGGAACUCCAACAAGCACAGCGGUUCAUGGGAUUCCCAGUUCUUCUUCAGUUGCAUGAGUGUUUUGUAAGGAAAGUAAAGUAUAUGCAUGGAUUUGCUUUAUUAUUUGCAAACUCAGGAUGAUUUUAAAGCUAAAUAUUGGACACGUGCAAGCCAUGUAAAUUUAGCACACUAAAACACUGAGCACACUAAAUCUCGGGACAGGCGGGAAUAAACAAUAGUGGUGGUAGACUU